AUGUGGAAAAUUAUUAUUUUUACUUCCUUCUUUGAAAUUACAUUAAGUGAUAAUUUAGUAUCAUUCCAUAAUAUAAUACCUCCAGGAGAUCUUCAUACUGAACAAAAAUUUUUGUGUAUAAGUGAUGAUCCAAGUGAUGCACUCGUAUGGAAUGUUCCAUUUCAAGCAAAAAUACGGGAAAUUACAAGACAUCAGCAAGUGUAUAACAAUGAAUAUAAAACGGUGAAAUUUUCCGAUACUAAAUUUCAAGGCUAUAGUUCUGGAACAAAUAGUCCUUGGCAAUUUACACAUUCGUAUGAAAACCCAAUGGGUCCUGUCUAUGAUAGCCGAUGGGAACAUUUUAGGGAAUAUAUGUUUGAAAAUGAGCAAAUGUUAAAAAUAUUCGAUAAAAGUGGCAGCAAAGAUGCCGUAUUUAAAAAAACUGGUGCUCUAGUAUUUUCCAUAAGAGGACCUUCAAUGGUUAAUAUAUUUUUGUGUCAAACAAUGAAUAUAAAGAGUGAUUUUUGUUAUUGGAUAGAAAUGUAUGGUAGACAAAAUAUGAAAACAAAAAUUCAACGGUAUGAACACGGAAUACAUGGAAACCAUUCAAGCAAUGACAAUAGCCAAUCCGAUUCUAUUGUUAUUCCACUUGAUAUCGAUAAAUGGAAAACAUUUGUACUUAAGUGGGAAGAAAAAGAAAGAAAAAUUGAAUUAUACGAUGAAUUCAAAUUAAUUUUAACAUAUAUUGAUAAUGAUCAUGAAUAUACUAACUUUCCCGCAUAUUAUAUUUUUUUCUCAAAUCCAUCCUAUGAUGUAUUUAUUCGUUUUCAUGAAUAUGAUUAUAUUUACACCACGAAAAGUGGAAUUAAGAUGGAAAAUUCAACAUCCUUCAACUAUUUUUAUUGGCCACAAUAUUUUGAUAGAGAAUUUUGUAUCGAGAUGCUAGUAGGUUUAUGUAGUUAUUGUGGACUGAGAAUAUCCGCAGUAGAUGCAUCAGGAAAAAUUAUAAUGAUGCAAGAAGUUUUACCUGAUAAAGCCAUUCAUAAUCUGCCCAUGUGGAAGAAAGUUAAAUUCUAUAUUCAAAACACUCACUAUAUUGUAUAUCCUAUUAAACUUGAAAUGGUAACAUUUUUAAUAAUCUCAGAAAAAAAUCAAACAGGACAUUGGGCUAUUAAUAAAGAAAUAACCAGAUGCUAUCCAAAAGAUGCACUUAAAAAAAUAUCCUUUAGUGUAUCUACUAAUUUAAAGAGCAAAAUUGUUCCGAUUGGGUGUCAAAGGUUUUCUUACAACGCUACACGUGUGGAACUUUUAAAUUUGCGUGCUUCUCUACAAUUUAUGCCAAUAGAUGAAAAUGUUGAAAAUUGUUCCUCGAAAAUGAUAGGACCAUACUGUGCAACUAAUUGCAAUGAUUAUUUUGGAAAAGAAUGUGAUUUCUUGAUGAGAUGCACAAAAAAUCAUUGUACUUGUAAUAACUAUUACCCAGGCUGUCAAAAGGGCUCAAGAAUUUAUCCUCCUUCUAUCGCUAAAAUUACAACAACAAGUGCUUAUGCAUUUUUCAAGGCAACUGAUGAAUAUGUGAAAAAUUGUGUUUCAAUUGGAUUCGAACUUAAAGACGAUAAAAAAACAAAAAGAUAUGCUGGAAGAUUAGGUAAGAGUAACAUUUCUAAUGACAAAUAUUAUCACACUACUUUCACUAAUUUGAGACCUGGGACUAAAUAUUCUGUUAGAAUGUACAUUAGUUACAAAUAUGGUAACACAUCGAAAACAAUUAUGGGAGAUACUGCUAUUUUUAAAACUAUGUCUAUGACUCUAGGUAUACCAUCGCUUGUUACUAUGAUCCAAGAAGGUAAAGGUAAAGCUAUCUUAAGUUGGAAACCUCCUACUGUUGAAGGAGACAAGAUAAUAGCAUUUUUAAUUUCUGAAGAAAUAAUUGCAACUAAGUUAGAAGUAAAACCAACUCUUAAAGAAAAAAAAGUUAUCGAAAUUCCUUUCUCUGAAUCUAUCUCUGAAUAUGAGAUACUUUUAAAUCUGUUACCAUCUACGCAUUAUAGAAUAUCUAUUCAAGCAAAAGGUGAAAAAGGUGAAGGAAACUCAUCAACAAUAGAAAUCAAAUCCCAAUCUGCAUUGGCUUUUAAAUAUGAACCAUCAGCUACUGUAGAUGAUAAAAAUCGUCAAAUAAAUAUUAUUAUACCUCCAGUACUUAAUAAUACAGAAAAUAGUAUGCUUUAUAUUAUCGUAAAAGGAUCACCAAUUUGUAAACAAGGUGGAUCAUUGAGUUUAAACUUGAGAAAAAUAAUUAAUCUGGAAGAUGAUGAAGUCUCAUGGAUGGCUGCUACUUUUUCGACAUCUAAAACAGCAGAUAAACUGUUUAUAGUUGGAGAUGAACUUAUUUAUAAUGAUGUUAUAGCAAAUUGUCCACUUCAUUCAGGUAGUUCGUAUGUAAUAUAUAUUUUGGUACGUGAAAAAGGAGACCAAAAUGAACUACAAGAAUUUCCGGCACUUCUUUGGAAAUCUCCAAAAUUUUAUAUUAGUUCUAAUGAUCAACAUUGGAAGUAUUGGGCAAUUCCUUUAGCUGUGCUUAUGAUAAUAUUAUGUGGGAUUGCUUACCGUUAUUUAAAAAUAUAA